AUGAUCUUUAGGGAUGCUAGAGCAUUUGUCCAGUUCUGUGAUGCAUGCCAAAGAUCAGGUAACAUCUCUGCUCGUGAUGAGAUGCCCCAAACAAGCAUUCAAGCUGUUGAGAUUUUUAAUAUUUGGGGCAUCGACUUUGUGGGACCUUUCCCUUCUUCCUAUGGAAAUAGAUACAUCUUGGUUGCUGUUGAGUACUUUUCAAAGUGGGCCGAAGCACAAGCUUUUCCCAUUGAUGAUGCUAGGGUAGUUAUAGGAUUCCUCAAAAGACUAUUUGCUAGGUUCGGGACACCUAGAGCUCUUAUUAAUGAUAGGGGGACUCAUUUCUAUAAUGACUAG